AUCCCUUGCGAGCUUAAUUUCCUUCUCUCCCUAUCCAAACAGUCCGUUUCUUGUGUCCAAAGCAACUGCAACAAGAAACCCCACUCCUUCCGCAAAAUCUUGAUUGUUUCUUCUCUUCGUUCAUGUGAUUUGUGUUUGGGAAACCUAAGAAUUUCUGUAUUCAGAGGGAGAUGAGUUGCAACGGGUGCCGAGUUCUGCGGAAGGGAUGCAGCGAGUCUUGUAUUCUACGUCCGUGCUUGCAGUGGAUCGAGAGCCCCGAAUCACAAGGCCACGCCACCGUUUUCGUCGCCAAGUUCUUCGGCCGCGCUGGUCUCAUGUCCUUCAUCUCCGCCGUCCCGGAAAAUCAGCGUCCCGCUUUGUUUCAGUCUCUUUUGUUUGAAGCGUGUGGAAGAACGGUAAACCCUGUAAACGGCGCCGUUGGGCUGCUAUGGACAGGGAACUGGCAUAUUUGUCAGGCGGCAGUGGAGACUGUCCUUCGCGGAGGUGCACUUCGUCCGAUGCCGGAGCUACUUUCUGGUGGAGAAUCUCCUACGAUGCCUGCGUCCGAUGAGGCCUCCGAAGUUGCCUGUACGGACAUGUGGAAGCUCCAGGAUCCGAGUCCGACUUCCAACUGUCGAUUCUCCAGUUCGAGAUCCAAGGCGUCCGUGAAACGCAAGCAAACCGAUGAAUCUCCAACGCUGCUGCAACCGACCGAUCUGCAUCUUCGCUUGACCCCGAGCUUGUCACCGAAGUUUUCCCCUCGCAAGCAUGAAAUCCGACGCCCGGGGACGCCAUCAAUGAACUCAGAGGAGUCGGUGACCACAACGUGCUUCGAAAGUGGAUUGGGCGAUCAGAACAGCAACGGAGGAGAUAAUAGAAAGCUACUUAACCUGUUUGUUUGAAGAGAAAACUGGUUUUUGUUUCCCUUCAUUUCUCUGUGAAUCUGACGCUCACAGGAAUGAUCCAUGGUAGAUUGGUGUAAUAUUCUUCUGUUUAAGGGGUCUAUUUGGGUUUUCCCCCGGAAUUUGAUCCGGCGAGGGGUUUGUUUUCGGUAAUUAAAACCGGCACAGGAUUUCUCGCUUUCAUAAUUUGGUGUUCAUAACUUAAUAGAGAAGAGAGAAACAUGACGGUUGCCGGUAUUUCUUAAUUUUUUUGUUCCUCUUCUUUUCUACUUGCUCUCUUCCUGUUUUUAUGUCUAGUAAUGACGGUUUUUCUUUUCA